AUGAGCACUGUGAAAGCUCCAAUGAAUAUCGAAUCAUCAGAUGAUGAUGGCAGAGUCAAGAGAACAGGAAAUGUGUGGACUGCUACCACACACAUAAUAACAGUGGUAAUUGGAGCAGGAGUUUUAUCUUUGUCAUGGGCCAUGGCUCAGUUAGGAUGGAUAGCUGGUAUAUUCAUUGUGCUGCUCUUUGCGUCUAUUGCUCUUUUCACUUACAAUCUUGUAGCCGAUUGCUAUAGGUUUCCAGAUCCAGUCACCGGAAAAAGAAAUUAUACUUACAUGCAAGCUGUUAAAGUCUAUUUAGGUGGAAGAAUGUAUGUGAUUUGUGGACUCAUUCUUUAUGCAAAACUCGUUGGAAUCACAGUGGGCUAUGUAAUAACUUCAUCCAGAAGUUUAGCUGCAAUAGAGAAAUCUUUUUGCCUUCGUAGUAAAGGACAUCAAGCUGAUUGCAGGAGUUCUUAUAAUCCAUACAUGAUUGGUUUUGGGACAUUGCAACUUUUCUUGUCUCAAAUUCCAAACUUUCACACAUUGACAUGGCUUUCAUCAGUUGCUGCAAUCACCUCAUUUGGUUAUGUAUUAACAGCAAUUGGUCUUUGUCUAUCAGUAAUUAUUUCAGGAAAAGGUGCACUAACCAGCAUAUUCGGAACAAAAGUAGGGCCAGAACUUUCUGUUGCAGAUAAAAUUUGGAGGACUUGUAGUUCAUUCGGAAACAUAGCACUUGCUUGCAAUUUUGCAACAGUUAUUUACGACAUUAUGGAUACAUUAAAAUCACCUCCAUCAGAAAGUAAACAAAUGAAACAGGCCAACUUAAUAGGGCUCUCAACGAUGACAAUGAUGUUCCUGAUAUGUAGUUGUCUUGGCUAUGCUGCUUUUGGUGAUAAAACUCCUGGAAAUAUUUUUGAUGGAUUUUAUGAACCCUACUGGUGGGUUGUAUUUGGAAAUAUAUGUAUAUUUAUCCACAUGGUUGGAGCAUAUCAGGUGAUGGCUCAACCAUUUUUUUGCAUCAUUGAAAUAUGUGCUAACACCGCGUGGCCUGAUUCAAAUUUCAUAAACAAGGAUUAUCAAAUUAACAUGGGCAAUUUGAAAAUCAAUAUAAACUUGUUUAGGCUAAUUUGGAGGACGAUAUUUGUGAUAAUGGCAACAAUUCUUGCCAUGGCAAUGCCAUUUUUCAAUGAAAUUCUUUCUCUACUUGGAGCAUUUGGAUUUGGACCCUUAGUUGUUUUCUUCCCUAUACAAAUGCAUAUUGCCCAAAAGAGCAUAAAAGUACUAUCAUUGAAGUGGUAUAAGCUCCAACUUUUGAAUUGUUUGUGCUUCUUUAUUUCUCUUGUUGCCGUGGUAGCUUCAGUUCAUCAGAUUAUCCAAAAUUUAUACAAAUUCAAAAAUUUUGCUUAUAAAGAUUAG